CCGUCCUGGAAAGAGAUAAAGGAAAUUAAAUUGAAAAUGUUUCGACGCACUCAUUUUUCGCUAUAAGCUCGCAUUUGAAGUACACACUUACUUGAGUGGAUGGUUUCGUAGUUGUCAUGCUGGAUAGAAGGAAAAAUGGCGGACGAGAAUGAGGAUCAGUGGUUAUACGGGGACUCAACUGAUGGAAAAGAGUACACGCCAAUAUCCGUUCAACCGGAGAGUCAAGAAAAUGAUUCGACAGCUAUUACGGCCGAAGAAAAAUCGGAAAAUUUGGAUGAUCAAAAGACAGAAACAGCUCCUGACCCAACAUCAGAGGUACCCGAAGAGGUAGAACCACAAGAAGAAGAAUCACCUUCGAACGAUAAUAUACAAAAUGAUAGCAAUACAGAAGUAACUAAAAAUGGCAUAAGAGAACCAUCCAGUCAAGAGGAUGGAGAAGCAGCCAGUGAUUCAGAUUCCGACGAUGACGUCCACGUUGUCAUUGGUGAUAUUAAAUCUACUCCUGCGUACGGUAGCCUUAACAUUAAAAGAGGAGGAUUACUCACGAAUGCAUCCGGAGUACCAGACAAAUUAAAUAAACAGCCCGGGAAAUUUAGUAUAGAUGAAUUUGAAACAAUAGGAGUUAUUAAUGGUAUGCCAGCACACGAAUUCAAUUUAGAUCAGUUGGAGGAUAAACCUUGGAGACAGCCUGGUGCAGAUAUCACAGAUUAUUUUAAUUACGGUUUCAACGAGGAAACGUGGAGAGCGUACUGCGAAAGACAGAAAAGAAUGAGAAGCGAAUCCGGUGUAGGUUUAAUAUUGAAUGCGGGAGGAGGAGGAGGUGGGAGUGCGGGCAGUAUGAGAGUACCUCAAGUGGCAAUCACUAACGAUAAUAGUAAAUAUUCCGGUAUAAUGGGACCUAAAAGAGCUGGACCGCCUCCAGGGAGGAAAAUGGCAGGAACGAUAGAUGUAAUUGGUAGUUCGGGUUUAGCUUCUAGAAGAAACCUCGACAAAUCCCCGCCCAAAGGAAAUGUGAUACAAGUAAUGACCGCGGACAGGAGGGAGUAUUCGAGAAAACCAGGUUUCCCUGAUAUGAGUGUGCCACCGCCAGGCGCUGGAAUGCCUCCUGCGUUUGACAUGCCUCCUCCUGGAUACCCUGGAGAACCAGCUCCUUUCUACAUGCCAGAAACGGACCCGUAUUAUCAAAGUUACGAACCCACGCAGGACAAUCAAUGGGGCAACGAUCCUACCUGGCAGCCGACGAAUUUAGCUAUUCCAAUGACAGAGGGAGAGGACGACAAGGACACUGGCCCGAAAACCAUACCCACCAUGGUACCACCCACGAAUAUCCCACCUCUGAUACCACCCAGAGACUCCAGGGACCGCGAGAGAGAUCGGGAAAGAGAACGAGAUCGAGACAGAGAACUGGACUCCAUGGGAAGGGACAGGGAACGAGACAAGGAGAGGGACCGAGACCGCGAGAGAGAGAAAGAUUCCAUGAUCCGCGAGCGGGACAGAGAAAGGGACUCGAUGUCGCGCGACGAGGAGAGGGAUCGCGACAGGCAUCGGCACCGAUCGCGGUCACGAUCCCGCAGGCAUAAAUCCCGAUCCAGAAGUCCGAGUCGGCGUAAGAAGAAAUCGCGACGCUCCGAAAGGGAGCGUUCCAAGGAAGAAAGUGAAUAAAGAACAUGAGAGUUACAUCUCUGUAUUUCGUCUACGGAUAUCGACGGCCAUAUUGGCCCACCGGACACACCAGACGUCGAAUCUUUUACUAAUGGAAAUUCGUCCCUCGUUAUCAUUGGCAACACACCUACACAUCGGUACGAUUGUCCUCGAUUUGCUUCUGAUUUUCUGGCUCACGUCGUGUAUACAGUUUCCAGCCGAGAAAUCAAUUAUCAACAACAAGAACAGCAACAACAAUAAACUUUAUCUUUAACGACAACGAGAUGUUUCUUUCUUUAUGUCAUAUUAGGAAAUUUGAAGUAAGCUUUUAAAUGAAUCUGUACGUUACACGAAGCCUUCGAGAAACGCAAUCAAGAGCGGGAACAGGUUACCAAAGCCACCCCAGUAUUGCCAUUCAAUGUAUGGUUUUAUAUCAUAAUGUUAUUACAGAAACGGUACUUUAUAAUAAU